GAAUAUUCCAAACCAAUUUUUUUGUAAGCUAUUGAACAUUAUUUCACAGUUUGGUGUUCAACUGGGAAUUUGCGGAUUAUUUAAACUAGGAAGAGGUCAAUGAAAAAUAAUUCCACAAAUAAUUAUAAACAAUUAGAGUAUCGAUUGUUUCUGUUCAGUCAACAGUAGAAUGUGGAUAAGUAUGAGGAUAAUCUCUUCGGUUGAGCUAAGAUUUUGGUUUGGAAAUAUUUCAGCAUCACCAGUGAUCAUCUUCAUGCCUGAACUGUAUGCUAACGGAUUUAAAUUUUGUACAUAAUCUCAAGUUUGUAAACAAUCAAUUUGACUUCAAUCUGUUUAUCCGUUCCGGUAUCGGUAUUGAAGACAAAUCCCUACUGAGAUAUUGAUUUUAUAUUAUACAUGGGAAUUUAUCACUUCAUGAGAAUAUUAUUAGUAUUACCAUGAAACAUGUCAAUAAUGAAUCGUACCUAUAAUAUUACACACACAUUGAAAACUGAUUACCAAUGAAGUUACAGUCUGUACAAAAUACUUGUAGAACAAAUAUGAUGAACAAAAAAGGAGAACCCAAACAUCGAAGUAAAGCGCCUAAUUCUAUGCCUUUAACACCUUCAUCGAUGUUGUCUUCGUCCUUUGAGCGAAUGAGAUCAGUUCCUGAUGAAUUGAGUGAGAAACGUGUGAGUCAAAGAAAAGAACGUUCUCGUUUAGCUGCACAAAUCAGACGUAAUCGUGAAGGUCAAAGUUUAAUGUUAAUACAAAAUGCUCUACCAAUAUCUUCACAUGUUUUAGGAUUAAGUUUAAUUCAAAUGCAUUCGAAAUCAUCUAACUCGAUCAAUGGGGCGAAACAAAUCAAUCAAACAUCUGAUAACAAUUAUAUGAUUAUUCCAGGCAUAGUUGAACGUGGACAAAAAAAGACUGCUUAUUCAACCACAUCAACAUCGAACACAAUGACAGGAUUUUUAACAACAACAACAACGGCAGCAACAGUAUCAACAGAAACAACCACAGGAACAUCAUUGUCUACAAUUCCCAAUGUUCCUUCAGCUAUUAAUUUAGAAAAAACUAGAGUACUUCGUAUUGCUGGACAUACAUUAUUUCUUCUUAACAAACUAUCUUCUUAUCUUCGAUCCCAAGCACAACUAUGUUUAAGUUUAAACAGUCAGUCAGUGUAUGGAAUGUUGAUUGAUGCCAAAGAAAUGAAAAUUGCUUAUGCAACACCUGCUCUAGCUAAAGCUGUUGGUUGGUCAUGGAUCAAACUCUUGGGUGCUCCGCUUCAUAAACUAAUAAAAUCUACAGAAAAAUGUCAAAAUUCUAAAGAAAUCACCAAGAAAGUCUUGUUUAAAUCUCAUUGUUCCUUAUCAACUUCUUCACCUUCAAAUGUCAUUUCAUCAUCAACAGAAACUCCAAUCACUAGUUCUUCUUAUCCUUUUCAUGAAAUUUCUAACAGAUAUACUACUUCUAAUAGUAGUAACAAAGAAUGUAUCGACAAUAUUGUCGAUAAUGAAUUCAUUUUGCCUGAAUUUAUCACCUUGUUAAAAUUAAACUCUAAUGAACAACAACAUUUAAAAAACAAUAAAAUGGAUGAGACUAUGAUGAUAAAUUCUUCUUCAAUGUUUGAUAUUAAUAGAAAUACAACUGAUAAUCAUCUAUUUCCCGAUGUCAAUAAUCAGAAUAUAACUCAUAAAUUUAAUUGUGGCAUUUCAAAAACUGAUAGAAUAAUCAGUUCACACCAUUAUUCUAAUAAUAAAAUGAACACAAUCAACAAAUCUAUUCGAAAAUCUUCCUCUUCAUCAUUGACAACAUCGAAAUUAACAGCAUUAAAUAGAUUUAUGCCUGGAAAGAUUAUUACAAAUACAAACAAUGCAUCAAUUGACAAUUAUAAUUCUAAUCAACUCACUGUCAAAUCAUUUCAUCAAAAUAGUAAUGAAUUGGUUUGCUAUUGUUGGAGUCAUUCAAUAGUCAAUACAUUUAUUGAUCGUUCAACUGGACUGAAUGACAUUUUGAAUUCACUCGAUGAAUGUAAUGUAAAUAAUAGUUUUGUGGAUUAUAGUGAUCAUAUUGCUGCUGCUGAUGAUGAUGAUGAUAAGAGUUUAUUCAAUAAUGAAUUAUUAGAUAUACUAAUGAAAGAUUCAUUUUCUCCAGAUUCUUUCACAUUUGAUUCUUUAUGGGAUAAUUUUCAAUCUUCUCCAACAGUUCAUAAUUCAUGCAAUGAUUUUAGCGAACUCAAAGCACCCAUGUCCACUGGAUUGUAUUUAUGUCUUUUACAGCCUGUAUCCAAUAAAAUGUCAUCAUUUGAUGAUUUAAUAAACUGUGUGAAUUCCUCAACUAAACAUAGUAACACUAUUAGUCAUAACAAUAACGAUAAUAAUAUCAAUGAAGAUACGAAUCAAAAUAAUCUCUUGAAUUCAUCUAUCCACAUUAUUGAAGAUUUACAAAAGUCAACUGGUCAUGAUAAACAAGAUUCUUUAGUUUCAUUUGAGCUACAUAAAAACAUCAAUAUUAAGCAUCCAGAUCAAUCAUCAGUAGAAUUAUCCAAUGUCGAUACGGCUAUGCCAACUGAAAUUUCUCCACAUGAACAAAAACAUGAGUGUAUAAAAACAAACUCCUUCCAGUGUCAUAUAUAUUUAAAUUAUUCGUUGACAAUAAAAAUGGUUCAUGGAAAUUACACAGAUUGUUUCGAUAUUGAAGAUCAGAAUGGUGUAGUCAAUUAUUCUUACCUUGAAUUUAUUCAUCCCGAUGAUUUGCAAAAUGUUAUCACUAUUUUUAAUAAAAUAAUUCAUACAGAUUCUAUGGCAUGGAUCAGUCCAUACAGAAUAUCAGGGCAUAAUAAAAUGGUAGAUAAUGCAAUUAAAAAAUCCUAUCGUUGGAUACGUAGUUUAGUAUCGUACAAUAAAUCGGAAAAUAUUUUUGUAUGUUCUAGUCAAUUUCUUGGAUUAAGUGAAUUAUGCGUUAGUGCGGUUGGAUCAAACCAAAGAUUAUUAAGUGUAGCUUUUGAAAGCUCACUUACACAGUUUGAAUCAAAAGUGAAUCAUACUAUUAUCAAUAACAGUAACAUAGCUCCUCGAAAUGCGGUGAAAACAUUUAAAUGUACUCCUUCAGAUGAAUAUUCAAUGAAUCGUCGUUAUCAUCAACAGUUAAAAAGUAAACAACUUCGUAUAUCUAACACAUCACUUCGUCCUGUACGGUUGAAAUCUUUGACAACAAAUAAAAAAUAUCCUACAUCAUUCAUUAUUAAAAAUAAUAAUACUUAUAAACCUAUUAAAUUGUUUCCAUUUCAAUCUUCACAAUGUAUUAUAAAACAACAAUCAAAACAAGGAUGCGACCCGAUUAUUUCUACGAAUAAUCCGAUUAAACCGAUUCGAUUACUUUCAGUCAAUAAUAACAAAGUGCCUUCUUCAUCUUAUUUGAAUACGGAUGGUUAUAGUAAUAACAAGCAAAUCAAUUCUGUAUUAAAUAUUAUUCCUUCAGUAAAAUCAUCAUUACAUCAUUCAUCGUCAAAUUUAUCAUCCCUACCUUACUAUGUAAAAUCUACAUUACCAGUAGUUAGUUGUAUUACAAAUUCUCCAAAAAAAUUAAUCUUCUUAUCUUCAACUAGUUCUUUAUCAUCAUCUGCUUCAACAAUAACAACAACAACACCAGUGAUUGUAAAUAAAUCACAAUCAUUUAAAGCUUUCAAUGUAUCUACAAAUAAAUGUCGAACUGAUGAUGUUGAACGAGGCAAAUAUAUUGAAUAUCCGACAAUAUAUCAGGACAAUAGUACAACAUCUUUAGAUUACAACACUAGUAUUCAUUCUCCGUAUUCAGAAAUAAAUGAUCUUAACAAUCAACCGAUAUUUGAUCAAAAUGAUAAUUGUGAAGCCUCGAACCCAUUGAAAUUGACUAUUUGUAAUGAUCCUCAAUGGAAAUCAUCUGAUAAUUGUUGGUCAUCAUCAUCUUUAACAGACAAUUCAUCACCGCAUUCAAUCUAUUCUUCAAAUGGAUCUAGUACAUCAAUUUGUCUUAGUCCAAAUGAACAAAAUCUCUUAGAUUUCAAUGUGAAUCAUCAUCAAAUGGAAGCUACUGUUAGUGAAUUAUUAGAAACAAUACCAUUGCCGAAUAAAUUAUCCCAUGAAACGGCAGAUGAUUUGAAUGUAGUAUAUGAUGCAUAUGAUUCGGCAGCUAUGCUAAUUGACUAUAAUAAUGAUUCUGAUUUAUUGACAUCAGUUUAUGAUUUUGAAAAUAAUAGUGAAGAUUUUACAGGAUUUCAAUCAGAUUUAAUGACCGAUUCAAAUUUUCUUAGUAGUCCUGUAUAAAACAGACAAACAAACAAACAAACUAGAACUAAUACACCAACUAUAACUGGAAAUUAACUACUACUUUUAACUGCUGGAAUGAUGAAACAAGUCGGAAUUAUGUGCUUAAUUCAAACUUUCUUCUCAUGUACUUUAUAAAAGAGUAAAGAAAAUCAGUGGUAAACAACUACUACUACUCCUACUACUGCUAUCUGUGAGGACACGUCGUUAAUCACCGUUUCAUUUCAAAACUGUAUAUUUUUAAAAAAAAAUUCUGUUUUCAUUCAAAAAUUUUGUGAUAUCAUUUAAAAUUAUUGGUCACCUUUUUUUUCAAAUACCCAUGGCCAGUACUUCCUUGCCUGUCUAUCUUAUCUACCUACCUAUCUAUCUAUCAAUCUAUCUAUUUAUCUAUCUAUCUAUGUGUAUCUAAUUUAAAUUACCUUACUUAUGUUUAUACCUUGUUUAUCUCUGUAAUAAUUUAUAUAACAAUGUGAAUUUAGCAUUGUUCAUUCAAAAGAGACUUUGUAAUAUAACAAUAAAUCAAGUAGUAAGUAAGCAAAGCAAUACAUACAGAGGCAAUUUUGAACAAAAC